UCAAUUAAGAGCUCAAUGCUACUGACCGGCAGAACUACAUCUUCUUUGACUACUACUACGGUCUAAUAAUGUCAGCUACUCUGUAUCAGUGUGUGAACACACGGGAGCGCAUUAGCAUGGAAACAGAAAGUUACAUUUGCGAAAGCAGGAAAUAGUGGAACAGAAGGAGAAGAGUACACAGUGCAAGGACGAAGACAGGCAGAGAAUAAGGAAAGAAGAGGAGCAGACAGUCAGUGGAGCAUCGGCACGGCGGCAGAGGACAGAGGAGAGAGGAAGACAGCAAACCUCGCUGACAGCAACACAACAUUAAGAACAUUUACAGCGCCAACCAGCAGAGCAUUAUCUGAAAUACAGUUCAAAGCAAAGAAGAAGCAACAGAUUGCCCUCAGUUGCAAUUGUUGCUGCAACUGAUGCCCUCCUGGCCGAUCUGGGCUUGGAAACGAAGCAGAUUUUCAGCAGCUCCUGCAGCUGGCGUCUCCUGGGUUUUGUGAAAGUCAGUUUCUCUAAGUGGCAGAAAUGCUCUUGCUGUGUCAAAGCACGAGGGAAUGACAAUGCUGUGUGACAGAGACGAAAGGCUUUGAUUUAGACGGAAAGCAACACGUUUCAUGCUGGGCGUCAACAUCACCUUCACCACCACCACCAGCGUCUCCUCCCAUCUUCCUUCCCUCACUAGGAUCUGAAGAAGACCAGGCAUCCGAGCUGUGAAUGCACAAACAGGAGGAGGAUGUCAGAUUGACAUGCAGAGUGCAGAGUUCAGGGAGUUUUGCCUCAAAAACAAGAAGAGCAAGAUAAGGUUUUAUCAGUGUGAAGACGCAGGUGAGAUUCACCACUAGACAUCAGCAAGUCCAUCAGACAAUCACCUGGACUUCUGAGGACAAGAAAGGGAUGAAGAGGAGGAUGUACACAAGCAUCUGCCUGAGAGCCGGAACAAAACUAGAAUCCAAAAACUAGAGGAGAGAUGACUGGAAGAGAGAGAGAUAACUCUGCUACACAAAGCCAUAGAUAGAUAUUCAGCUAAGAAACAGUGUCAACAAUAUAGAUCAAAAGUGUGCAACCUACAGAGACAUAUCUUGCUUCACAUUUUUUAUUUCUAGGAUGAUUUUGCACCACCGGAGUUUGCAUCUUAUCUGACAAACAAAGAGCAACAUCAGAAUCUUUCUUGCCGCCACUUGCUGCGAGUAAGUUCAUGCACCGAUUUCAGUCGGUGUGAGCAUCUUGGGGUUCUUGCUUGACUCUUCUUUUCGGGGUGAGGUGGAUCUGCCGUGGGGGGCAGCUGACAGCUAUCCAAGACGCCGCGAGCCGUACUCCGCGUGAAGAAUGCCCAGCCGCGCUUGGCCAAGCCGGCCGACCCGGGCCCGACGGCGGGCCUCUACAUGGAGAGAUCGCAGAGCCGCAUCAGCCUGUCGGCGUCCUUUGAGGCCCUCGCCAUCUACUUCCCCUGCAUGAACUCCUUCGAUGAGGAUGAUGGGGUGGAUACAGAGGGCAGGAAGUUGAAGGGAGGCAUCCAGAGGAGCACAGAGACGGGUCUGGCUGUAGAGAUGCCCAGUCGGACCGUCCGCCAGGCCAGCCACGAGUCCAUAGAGGACAGCAUGAACAGCUACGGCUCCGAGGGAAAUUUGAACUAUAGUGGCAUGUGUCUGGCAUCUGAUGCCCAGUUCAGCGACUUCCUGGAUGGGAUGGGACCGGCCCAGUUUGUCGGGCGACAGACUUUGGCAACGACGUCCAUGGGUGAUGUAGAGAUCGGUCUGAUGGAGAGGAACGGAGGUCUGGAGGUGGAGGUCGUCCAGGCCAGAGGACUCACCAUGAAACCAGGCUCCAAGGGACCUCCAGCGGCCUACAUCAAAGUUUACCUCCUGGAGAACGGUAUCUGUGUGGCCAAGAAGAAGACCAAGUCAGUGAGGAAGAGUCUGGAUCCUCUCUACAACCAGGUCCUGGUCUUCUCUGAAAGUCCACAGGGGAAAGUGGUGCAGGUGAUUGUUUGGGGCAACUAUGGACGGAUGGACCGCAAAUGCUUCAUGGGUGUAGCACGAAUCCUGUUGGAGGAGCUGGACCUCAGCACGAUGGUGAUUGGCUGGUACAAGCUCUUCCCUACCUCCUCCAUGGUGGAUCCAACAAUGGCACCACUCAUCCGCCACUCCUCCCAGAUGUCCCUGGAGAGCACCAUUGGGCCCUGUUGUGAGCGAUCCUAAGACUCACGCAAAAUACAGAUUUUUGUUGUCGCGACUAAGAUUCCAUUUACUGUCUCAACUAUGUCCUAAGACAUGUUUUUAUACACCCUGUAGCCCUGUGCCCGGGUCAGCCAGGUGGCGCUGCCCCUGGAGCAGGUAAUUCAACAGGUCCAACCACAUUGGGGAAUGAAUCACUCCCCUGAUUGGGAAAUUAUUUUACAAAUCAGUAAAUAAUUCUGGCACUCAUUGGAAAUGUACUGUAAUUCUUUUGAUAUUCUAUCAGACUGUUUCCCGAGACUCAUGGGAAGCACAUUUCUUUUGUUGUUGCAACCGACUGCCCCUCAGACUCGCAAGAAAAUUUUGCUCUCUUCAGAUCUCUUUGAUGAAAAAACAAAAACCUACUUAAUGAGGAUACUUCAAAGGAGGGCUCGGUUGCUGACAUUGAUCACAUCCUAUUGGGACCACAAUGCACUGCGGGCUCAGCUUUGCUUCAGCUACGCGCCUUCUUCACAGCCUACAUUCGAUUCUCAUUCCCAGGACUGCUUGUUGUCUUUCUGUGUACUCAUUAAGGGGCUGGACAGCUCUGAGUGUUAUCUGUCUAUCCACAAGUCCGGAGAGAGUGUGAGACUGCCCUCAGAUUGUUUGAGACACCAGCCUCCCAGUUUUGCAGGAGCAUGGGGACAGCAGGUUGUAGGUGAAUGGAUCUGUGCGCAGCAGGACUGAAGAGGACUUUCAGAGAAAGAAUUAAACUUAUUUGUUGUAACCAACCAAGAUAUCUUGGUUUCGAACACUCUGACUUAAGCUGUUUUUGUUUUUGUUGUCACACAUUUGGCCCUUUAGUGUUCAGUGUCCCCUUUCGUCUUCUGGAAGGAUCUAGAUUGUUACCUGAUCUUGGGGAUCCAGAGUACUGCUGGUUUCUGUCCUCUUAGUUUGUUAUCUCUGUAGUUAAUUGUAUUCACCUGCAGUGUCAGGUGUAAGUUGGUUCCUGGGUGAGUGUAUGUGGCAUAAAAGCAGGUUCUGAGUUCCCAAAGACCACGUGCCAUUAUGCUCGAAGGGUCUGAACAUUUUCAUUGCACUCAAUCAAGACAUGAGCUGAUUUUACAGAUUGUUCUGUCAUCUGUUGUGGACGGUGUUUAUUAGUAAAAUCAGCUAGUGUCAUGUUUGGUGGGAAUGAAAACACGUAGACCCCAUUUUACCUGGUUGUUUCUUGAUUCUGUAACAGAUUGAGAUUUCCAGCUUAUGUGGGUAUAACACAUCAAGAACAUUUUUGAAAUCUGAUCACCUGAACCACAUCAGGAGGUGAUUCUGUUCAAGCCAGAGCAUUUGUCUUUACAAAUUGUAUGUGUCACCCAGAACUCUUCUUGAAAUUGUGCUAUCAGUGUAUCCACUGAAGCCCAACAUGGAAACAUGGUAAAUUCAGAUAUCUGGUGUUGCAGUCAAACUAAAUUGGAUUUUAUGCAUAUAGAAUUCAAAAGUGUUAACCACAGAUGCAUAUGACUAGCACGUCCAAAUGCGGUUAGUUAAACCAUAUCAGGCUAUGAUGAACCUGCUACAACUAGGUCUAAAUGGGGUCUGAAUUUUUGAGGAUGUUGUUUUCAUUUGGUCUAGUUCUGUUCUGUGUUCUAAAUUUUCAUAAUCCACCUGGUUGUGCAGGUUACAACACGUGAAGGGGGCUGAUAUUUUACCUGUGCUGUAGCACGGACACAUGACAUUAAUUCAGAUGUUUCCAAAAGCAUUGAGGACAGUAGCCUGGCUGACAGAGUAGGGCUGAGAACUUGCUGUAUAUCCUCCAGUUGAAUUGUAGUUCAGAAUACUCUUUAGCUAAUACUCUAGAAGUAGAUUUUUAAGAUUUCUUCUUCUCUCUCUUUUUUUUUAAAGCUUUGGCUAACAGUUAUCUAAUAACAGUUUCUACUGUGCCAAUUUCUACCAGCAAGUGUCUUCUCCUUCCUCUUCUUCAAUUACCUUAUGGCAUGUGCCAUCGUGAGGGAGGAACAGAAACAACCACUCGCAACAUCUGACAGCAGUAUUCAGGCUGUGCAGAGAAGCGUCCCUUUUAUUCUAAAUUACAGCCCUAAUCCACCGACCGCGAAGGCACCUGGUGAUUAGCCAUGCUACAACUCAGUGUUGGAGGGAGAAGGGAAGAGAGGGAGGAAAAGGAAAGAGAGAGAAAGGAAGCAUGAAAUGUACUUUGCAUCAUCCAAACAAAGGAUCUGUCUGGACUGACGUCAGGUUUCAGAGAUUUCAAAAAAAAAGGACACAAAAUAGGAUGAAUCUAAAGGGAACACAAUGUGCACACUGUAGAGAAAUUUAUAGUUUAUUAAAGAAAAGACGUAUAUGUAUUUCAUUUGGGCACUUUAUGAUUCUUAAUGUCUUUUUUAUGUGUAAAUAUUAUGGUUGUUAGUGUCUUUUGGAGUGAGCCAAAGUUAAUCUAUAAUGACUUAGUUGAUUUAUGUUAAAACUCUGAGGGAGGGAAGGGAUAUCCUUGCUAGUUACCGUAAGAUUGUAGCUUUAGCUGGUAGCAUCUGCAUGACUGAUUAAAACGUCUAAUUAAUUAGCAGACAACUUGAUAAGAUUAAGCAUGAGCUAUAUGCUACACAGAAGGAAAAGAAAUACUGAAUGUUGGGUUGAGACCCAACAUCAAUGAAGGAAAAAAAAACAACAACAUAUGUAGCAGUUUAAUUCAGAUUUUUACAAGAAUGACUUAAUUUCAUUUUUGGGCUUUUUGUCUUUCACAGACAAUAACUGAAAUCUGCAACAAGACAUUAAGAAAAACAAGAAAAAAAUUAAAAUACCACAUUGUUUUGCAAUGAAGUUUUGUUUUUAACUUCAAGGCAAGAUUUCAGAACAAAAUUGAAUUUCUCAUACACAAAUCAACUAAUAUUUUAAUUAAACCAUACAAUUUGGAGUAAUUUUACUCUAAAAACAACUUUGCAAAAGUGGCCUCUGUUUUGCCAGUAGCAGUGUUGCAGGGAUAUUAAUACUAUAACUAUUUCCAAACAAAUUAGCUACAUUCUGUAAAGCAAUAAUCAAAAAAACAUCCAGUCAUUGCAGGUUUUUUUUUAGUUGCUCAUUUCAAACUGUGGAAAAUGAUGAACUUAGCCAGUGAUUUUCACUACAGUCACAUUCAACAAGAAACAAUAAGAAUGAAAAAAUAAUGAUUAUCUUGUGGAAUAUAUUUCAUAUAUGUGUCAGGACUCACAUAAUGUGCUGUUGUCCAUAGAAAAAUGUAAGGAAUGACAUGAACUGAAAAUCACUUGUUAAGUUCUGUCAUUUUAAUACAGUGCAUUCAUGUGUUUUUCCAUAACUUAUUCCAGGGAGAGUGUCAUUUAGUCUCUGAGGAUCUCUGUAAAAUUCAGAGGCAGCUGAAAUGUAAUACCCCGUUUUAACACAAGAAAUUCUGAUUUGAAAAAUGCAGGAUCAUUUUUCACAAACUAAAUCUUUGAGUUGCAUGGAUUUUGAUCUAAUGACUGCCUGGUAGUUAGAACAAAAGGGUUUUUUAAAUAAAUGGAAUGGAUAAAAGAGGUGAUAUUAGAUCAGUUGUAUAAAUCAAAUAUAUACAUAUAUAAAUAUAUAUAUAAAAUCAAUUAACUCCUUUUACUGUGACCCAAGGAAUGUGUUUUUGUCCGUGUUCUUUUGUGCCAAAAUUUGAACAUAUUUUGAGGGCUGAUUUCCCAAUUGUGGACCAAUGAAAGAGAAACGUUUACACACUUAAGACACACAGCAUUUAAAUUUUCUUUCAGUAACCCAUACAGCAGAGUUCAUUCUGGUUAAAAGAAAUGGCUUUACGUCCAAUAACAUGGACUGUGUGGCUAAAACAAAAGUAAUAGUGCAUGAUAAUGACAGAUUUAAUGCAGAAAGAUUAGAAUGAGAGUUAUAAACAUAAAGUUGCAGUGGUAACCAUCAUAGAAGUUUCCCAUCUAUGUACAUCCAACCUGCAGCAGCUGCCUGUACAACACAAAUAAACAGACAUUUUAAAAAAGCAUUAAUCAGUGUUAACAAAGAGCUGAUUGUUCACUGCACCAUUUAACCCAACAGUUCCUCUCGGGGGUGGAGCAGCAUGGCAGCAGUAGUAUGGCAUGCAUGCAGUGAAUGAUGGGUUGUCUAUGAUGGCUACAAGUGCAGUUUCUGGCAUUAGUGUGAAUUUGGUGUAAACAUGUAUACUGCUGACCCAUGCAGCAACAUUUUCUUCUCUACUUGUUUGAGAGACAGACAAAAUAUAUGCCAACAUUGCUAGCAGGAAUAAGAGUAAUUAAUGUUUGUUUAUUAAAAUUGUGUAUUUUUGUUCAUCUGAAGCUUCUUGUUCACCAGUCUGAGUUUGUUUGUGACAUUUUAUAACUUUGAAGGGAAACGGAUGAAUUAUGUACGUAGACGUUAUAGAUCAGCACCAAACUGUACGUUUUUGCAUUCCCCCAUAUUUUGAUUGUGUCUGCCACAUGGAUGUUAAUUAUGUAUCCACUACUAUCAAUUGUAAUGUAAGUAGAGGCCUUAAACACACCGAUAUACAUUUUGUCAGGGCUAAGGACUAAGAAUUGUCACAUAAAGUAGUCAAAAUAACGCAAAAAAAGUUUUACAGUGUCACCAUUUCAACCCAUUACUUAAAGUAAUUUAAGUGUCAUCUAUGGAAAUGAUUCUUUGCGUAUGUUCUUAAUGAAUUUCUGAUAUACUGAUAUUUCAACUGACUAUUUGUGUAUUCUCCCCACUCCUUGGUGUGGGCUUAAUUGAACAAACUGAGCAAAAA